AUGCUGGGGAAGCUCUUCAAUUUGGGCACCGGGAGCCCGGCAAACGCUCCUGACCCAUCCCAAACGAAUAACAAUAUCUACAAAGAAUCUCCACAAUCCCUCGAGUCUAUGCAGGAGGACAUCCAUACAAGAAACCUCCUGUUCCCCGACACCGAGGCAUUAUAUCAACAUCGAAAUGACCAGGUCUUCCCACUUUCCAUGGCCUCCGCCCUCCCGCUGGCAUCCAUCGCAAGUGCCUUCGACUACGACGGAGACAUCGACCUAGACACCCGUCAUGUUCGCCUUCUCAUCAUGCAGGAUGCCGUGGCCUCGUUCCCGGCCCAGCUUCUGUUCGACAGCCACCCGGGCCCACCUAAGCCGCCAGCAACGAGGGAAAGGCCCGUAUCAGGCAUCGGCACUGUUCAUGAUUCUCAAAGAAAUCCAACAUCGCCCAGGAAAAGCAGUUUAAAUCAGACAUCGCGCCCUCUGGUCAUCCAGCCAGACAGUCCUCAGCCCCGCCAAGGUGCUUUUGAUCGAAGGGCCUCAAUGCAAGGUCGAACUCAAUCUCAGGCUGAGACAGACCUCCAGCGCGCACGACGCGAGUACGCCGACGAGAUUCACGCUUUUGCCGGAUCCGUCUUUGGAAAUUCAGAAUUGAUGGCUUAUAAAGGCACUUCAACAAAAGUUCAUAUCGUUCCCACUGACAGUCGCCCCGAGUAUGGGGGCUCAUACAUGGGCGAUGGUCGGGGCUCCAUUGGCCGUUCCAGCAUGCGCUCUAGCAGACUGGCCCAGUCAUACACAUCGGACAGUGUCUCGCCCAUGCAGCCCACUCAGUCAUUCACAUCCUCGGCACCAAACUCGCGGCUUCUUCCUGAGAGAAGGAAAAUCCUCAUCACUCGACUUUUCCCAGUCUUGCUGCCCAACGACGAUGCCGAUGCGCAGAGUGACACUCCUUUGAGCCGGUUCUCCGACCAGAACACAGGUUUCCCCUUUCCACAGUCUGCAGACGACAACCCACCAAAAAAGAAGAAACCGCAGCCCAAGCAGAAACGCACACCCAUGUAUGCGGUCGUGCUGGUGAUUCAGCUGCCCCCAACGUCCGCUCAGCCAAUUCCUCCUUCCACCAUCAGAUCGACAUUCCGGGCCAGCUCCUACACUGACCAAGAGUCGUCAUUCCCGUCAUCUAUGAGCUCUGCGCGUCGGUCUGGCUGGACCAUGUCAGGAUCAGGGUUUCCUCUUGACUCUCUGGACUCGUCCUGCUCAACCGAUGUCGACGACAGGAUGGACACCAUAACUCAGCACUGGGAUAUCACUAUGCGAACUUUGACGCAUCUUCAGGGAGUUGUGGCUACUACGCUCGGCACACUCUUGAAGCAAGCAGACAUUGCUUCACCUGACCCUUACCCUCCGUCCUUCUCGUCGUACGUUGGUCGAGCUAAGUCCAUGGGUGGCAGGCGGGACGAGCCUCACUUCAUCAAGCCCCCCAAAACGAAUGCAAAGGUGAUCGCGCUGCAACCGAACUGCCUGCAACACGAAGACACCAUUGUGCAGGAAGCGAGUAUGGCAAGAGUGCGGGUUGUAACAGGCUUACGAGCUCAGCGUGUCAUCACCGCACAGGGAAGGUGGGGCAUUUGGAGAGACGAGGCCAGAUGGAUGGCGAGAAAGGCAGGGGAGAAAGAGCAUGGCUUCUUCUUCUUCAACCUCCUCACUGGCUUCCUCGCCACGCAUACCGACUGGUUGAACGCGAUGAGCCCGGCAUGGUAUCGCAGAAAGCACCAUCAGCAGCAGAAGGCAAAGGGUGAAGAAGACCUUUCUCUGCCGGCACGAACAGUUAUUAUCGCCCAAGACAAGAUGCUCGCGCGGCGUUUGAUCUUUCUGCUCUCAGCUUUCCUGCCAUCGCACCAGCACAUCUCAUCGUCGCGAACGCAUCGACCGAGCACGUCCACGUCCUUCGGUGCCUUUUCCCAGUCACCCCCUUCGCUCAUCAUCCCAAUUCUUCGGGAAGAGUCUUUGCGCCGUAAGAUCAACCGACGAACCGGUCCAAGGAGAACGUCACACUCCCGCACAGUCAGUCAAAGCACGCGGGCGUCUGGUGUUCCUCCGCAGUUGGCACAUCUCAGCAUGGAAAGCCGCCAUGAAAGACGUGUCUCGGAUGCGACCUCAAUUCGAUCGAACUUGCCCAUCCCUGGCAAUGAUCAGGUCAGCAGGAAGAGUAGCGCUGCCACAACCACGACCAUCACGCCAGAGACUACCAUUCCACACUUCACGACCGCCCAAAGAUUCGAGAAUCGGCGAAGUUUGCGACCAGGAAGCAGCAGCAGCGUGGCCGCGGACGACCUCAAGCGGACGCUAAAACGAGGCGAAAGUUCCGGUCAUGUUAGCUCCGCGAGCACCGACUCCCGCAUGUCAGGUUCGAAGUGGGGCAGUGUGAUCAGCACUCUCUGGAAUGGGAAGCGGAGGGACUCUACCGGCCUAACAACGCCUAGCCACCCCUACAGCAGCGGGCCAACGUCCCCUACGAAAUCCAUUCAUGGCCGCCGAGACAAGCUCGCCGAGAUGGUCCGAGAAGUUAGAACCGAAGGUUAUCGAAGGACGGAAGAACGCGCCCAGAACACCGAGGGCAAUGGCAACGGCCCCAACACGCCACGGGGCUUCGACGAUCAAGCCAUAGACGACGCGCCCGAGAAGAUCUCUUUCCCUGAGAGAAUUCCAGACCCCAAUGGUGACUUUCAGUCUCCCGUCAAAACCUCGAUCAAUGCCGAAGACGGGGUUAUAGAUGUUGACAUUCCGUUUCCCGACUACAUCACAUCUUUCGAGACGGCCGUCAGUUCGCCCUCCAGUAGCGGAUAUCUCUCCACUCCGGGAAUUGGCAGCGGACUGGAAGGCUUCGAGCAGUUCUCGAGAAUCACCAUCGACGGCGAUUCGCCCAUGAAUGUCGCCGGUUUUCUCCAGCGAUAUCAUGAGGAUAUGAUCCUUCAAGCCGUGCCUCCUCAAGACAACCUGAUGGACGACAUCCGAAAGUCUAUGAGAGCUGAGCCUACCCCUUUCAUCACACAGCCCUUCUACUCCAUGGAGCAGCCCGCAGAUCGAUGGGUUGACGUAAGCAGCGCCCUCAUUGCGGACACAACGAGACACACAAUCAUGCGCAUCCGCUAUCGCCGCCUUAUCCGACCGAAGCCAUUUUUGGAUCGGGCGGCCCCUCUCGGCUCUGCUGGCUCGAGCUCAUACAGCGCGGCACCCUUGACGCCUUCUGUUCUCCCAUACGAGACACAAUUGGAUGACGAAUUCAUUGAGGAGCCCAUUGCGAGCUUGGACGAAGUCUUGAUCGAAGCGGUUGAAAGGGUCAUUGCUCAGAGCAGUGAGGUUAGCAAGCAGAGCUCAUCGAACUCUUCUCGGUCAACCAGCAAGCGGCGAGACCGAAGCAAUAGCGAGGCUUCGGCGUCGGUCGACUCGCAUCAUACCACUCGCAUUCCGGUGCCGGCUCAAGAAGUACCGCGCGAUCAAUGCAAGACAGUGGUACUGUCGGCCUUGGACGAGAUCAUCCGUGAUGUCAUCGAGGAGCGGGACCACGAGAACGGAGACACCAACAUCCACACCGACCGAGAUCGAGAAAGCGCGCUCCGCGAGGCCGUUCGCGUGUGGCUCGACGCUGUUGACUCCAGCGAAUAA